AUGGGCCUUCCCGUAGGCCCACCUCCUCCACUUCCACCUCGAUCUAAUACGGAUUCGUCUGCUUCAAAUGCUCAUAUGCAGCAAAAAUGCAGACGUUAUCUACAAGACCAUACUACACCCCUCGCAUGUCUAAAAAGAGAAGACGGAACCCUCACAACGUCCCGGUUCGAGAUGGAAGAAAUAACGGAGAGGUUCUACAGCAACCUAUAUCGGUCCACGACACAUGUGCCAGACCCGGAAAUUCCGACUGGAGAAGUAACACCGCGAAUUCUUCCUUCAGAAGUACGAGUGGCAAUUGCGAGCAUGAAAGGGGGCACGACUCCCGGUCCUGACAAAAUCUCAACCGACUUGCUUCGUGCAGAUAUUCCCUCCACAGGAAUAUCGAAAGGAUGCCCACAUCUCUUUCGAUUUGGCAAUCCAAUAACGUACAUAUGUGGAAGCGAUCAUCAUCAAGCUGUUUCCAAGCCAACGGAUUCACACCGCCUUCAGUGGAAACUUGCACAUAUCAUCAUUGAGCGUAUCAUCAUGCUGACAGUGGAAGGACGAUAG